CCUCCACUCUCUGGGUGUAGUCACACCUCCGCAAGAGCCUGAAACUGGCGGCGCAUCGCUAAAACCCGACACCCGGCUGCUGCGUCCGACAGCUCGGUGAGAAUCUGAAGCGUGUUCAACUUCUCGGCAGUCAGGCUGCAUUCUGGACCCGAACCAUCAUGUCUUCUAACUCCAACUUGACGAGCAUGCGGAGGACCGUCGAGCAGCUGAAGCUGGAAGCCAGCGUGGAGCGGAUUAAAGUGUCUCAGGCUGCAGCUGAGCUCCAGCAGUAUUGCCUUCAGAACGCCAGCAAAGAUGCCCUCCUGGUCGGGGUGCCAACGGGCAGUAAUCCCUUCCGAGAGCCACGCUCGUGCUCCAUCUUCUAAACACAAGGAAUGGAGGUGUUGGACUUCUGGAUCUUUGCCAUUAUGCAAACAUGGAGUUUUCCUUUUUUUAUCACAACUGUCUAUUUAUUAAUGAAUUCCCAACUCACUUUGAAGAACAUGCUUUAACCGGUUAUACUAUGUUUGUGUGAUUUUUAUCUGAUUUACAAGAAACGUGGAAAUCUGACUCUAUCUUGUGUUCAUGUCUGGUGAUUCAGGGUCAUAAUUCUGGUCUUAAUAUCCUUUUUGUGUGGACACUGCUGAAGGAAAACUGUGGCCAAAAACCAAAGCAGUAAGAAAUGUAGUCGAUCAGCCACGACAUGUUUUGUGUCAAAAGUUUGCUGCUUUAGUUUUGUGCUGGAGCUGUGAGGCUAAUGUAGCUAUAAGACAUCUCAAAUCAUACUGCUAUCUUUAAAAAUGGACGACGCAUUGCUGAAAACAGUUGCAGCAGCCAUCAAGAAGCCUUAAAGGCUCAUUUCCUAGGAAACUGAAUUUCUCUUUUUUUUCUGAAAUUAAAGAUUAAUUUCAAAACAUACUGUUCAUUUUUCAGUCCAUACAGUCCAUAUACGGAAAAUAAACCGCAGUUCUUUUGCAUUCAUUCAGCCUACAGCAGCUUAGCUCCGCCUAUUUAUGCUGAAGUUAUAAGGAGUGUUUCAGCCUGGACUGCUUUUCGAAUAAAGCACAAUACAGAAAAAGAAGAAUACAGAACAACAUUUACAUACAUCAGCUUUAAAGGCACAGUAACAAAGGCAGCCUCUUUAAUUCUAAGGCUGGCUUUAUGCAUUGAAACUUCAAAGCAAUUUAAAUCAAAGUUACAUGCAACACAUUCGAUUCCACUAGUUGGACAAAUUAGCAAAUUUUGUUACACCACAUCGUUCUCGCUAUAAAGUCAUUCGUGGGGUGUAAUUAUUACAUAUUUCCAGAAUUUUUAUCAUCUUCGUAUAUUUUUCCAGCUGUCAUUGCCGUUGCUUUUUUAACACAUAGAAACUCAUGUUUGUUGUCAUGGCUCAAAACUGACAACAUGACUGACCUUGAGUGAGUCUUGAGAGGGAGUCUUCUUUUCAACAGCCCAAUAAACCAUCUCUCCGCUAAUGCACUGAAAUCAGUUGUUUGACGUGAUCGUGUGAUGCGUUAUCAGUGUUUUGAUUGGCUGUUUCGUGAAACUUGUUUUGUUGAGACGUUUGAGAGUUUCAUGUGAGUUGCAGGCAGCUUUACAAGUCAAGUGCAAUUUAGUGCCAUGUAGGUUUUAAGCAACCAAAGUUGCAUGAAAGUUUUUGCAUGUUGGGCCAGGCUAAGGCAUACAGAAAGGUUGGAAAAUGGUCAUGUUUUUAGUACAUAAAACCCCACAAAUGUCAUAAUAAGAUCUCGAUAAAAAACGAGAAUGUUUUAAUUUUGCCUGUACAUUGUGCACAACUAAAGGAGCAAACUUCAGACACCAGAUGCAUCUUGGCUGUGCGGCUUUGUGAUAAGGGGAAAAUUGUGAACUGCUGAUAUUUCGCUAUUUGAACUGUUCCUUUAAGAUAUGAUUUCUUAGAAUGGUUUCAUUGUAACAGGAAAGUGCCAAGACACAAAAUCAAGAGAACGUGAUGUAAAUUUGCUUUGAUUGAUUGAUUUGAAUUGAUUAUUCAUUUCUGAGAAUGAGUGGACAUCUGUAGGCCUUAGCACUCCAAAUGACUUCUUCCUUGUGGAAGACAGAAGAGGGGAGGUAUUUCUGCUCUGAACAAAAGCUGACAAUACAUAAACUAAAUACAUUUGAAUCAUUGAAGUUGUAGAUAUGGAAAAACAAACAUCUUAAUAAAACUGAAAAUUUUCUCAUUUCCUAAUGAAGCUUCUUACAGUCAUUUAUAGCUGCCUCUGACAAACCUGCACAAUCUGGGCCAAGUUUCCCGAAAGCAUCUUAUUGUUAAGAACUGCUAGAGAGAGUGUUCAGGGUGAUGCUCGCUCUACCAUGCUAAGAUGCUUCUGAGAAACCCAGCCCUUGAGCAUUGUUGUAUUUCACUUUAAGAUGUUGGUGGUUAUCUCUGUGGUUUGAUGCUCCAGUGGACACUCGGCCCCAUCGGGACGCACCCACCCUCUCUGCAUAAACACUGUCCUGUGUUUACUUACAUUUGCAGGGUCUGAUUUCAUUAGCUUUAGCCCUGUCCAUUCCCUCCAUCCGGUCCACUGGCCUGUGGCUUCACUGCUGCGCUGGACAGUGACAAGAACAAGCAGAGCAGCUGGCACUAGAAAAAACGGCUGGCAUGGACAACAUACAAAGUGAAUUCUUAGGUUCUACUGUAUUUACAGUCUGGGUUGGGUCAAAAUUAUGGUUCAAGAUUAAAGGGCUCAUAUUCUA